AUGCAUGCUUGUAUGCAACAUUUGUAUCGUCUCCAGCAGCAUAUGGCCAAUUAUGCCGCCGUAUCCAAUGCCAACUUCAAUGACGAUAAAUCGGAAGCCUUUUCUCUGUCUGGUCGUCGGUCGCCGGCAUGGGUGCGUGCCUUUGAAGAAAUCAAUGUUCACACCUACCACCGCCAGGUUUCCAUUACGGCUUUUCGGUAUUUGGGCCUGUACUUUGCCUACAACCAUGUGCAACGGGCUCAAAUGGAGAAAAUGCUCCUCAACACUGUCAAAACUCAAUGUGCCAUCUACAACCAACGCCAAUUAUCCAUCAGGGGUCGCGUUACUGUUGUCAACAGCCUUAUUCUGUCCAAGGUGUGGUACGGCCUGAGCAUGCUCUGGCCGACCAAAAUGUUCUUGGUGAAUAUCAAAUCGUGUGUCUAUCAGCUUGUCUAA